UUCAUCGUACAGAGAGGAGGAUAGGGAGAAGGGAUCAAGGGAGAGGAGCAAAAGAUGGCGGCGACUACGAUAGAGGAGCUGCACCCCGACGUGCUGUCGUGCGCGCUGCGGCGGCUGGACGGGCGGUCGCUGGCCGCGGCGAGCUGCGCGACGGCGGGGCUCCGGGCGCUCGCCGCUGACCCGGAGACGUGGCGCGCGCUCUGCCUCGCGGAGUGGCCGUCCCUGGCGGGGCGUGCGCGGCUGCUGUCGGUGGUCCCGCCGAGGCGGUUCUUCGCCGACGCGUUCCCGUUCCCGUGCCAGGACGCCGGGGAGCUCGGAGGAGGAGGAGGCGGAGACGGCCUUCUCCCCACGGAGCUCGUCUCGGCGGUGGACGUGUACUACAGGGGAGCGCCCCUGCUCUCCCGUGUCGUGGAGACGGCCUCGUCGUCGUCGUGGUUCCUCGGCUCGCCGUUCCGCGUGGAGGCCUUCGAGUGCAAGAAGCCGGUGGCGGACGCGGUGCUAUCGCCGGCGGAACUUGAGCUGAGCUGGGUGGUCGUGGACCCUGUCCGCGGCCGAGCAGUGAACCUGUCCAGCCGGCGCGCGGUGGCUGUGGACCGGCACUGGUACACCGGCGAGACGCUGGUAAGGUUCGCCGUGGUUCUUGGCGGGUGCAAGUUCGAGACCACCGUCACUUGCUCCGAGGGAACCGGCCACAUCAGCGAGGUCAGCCUCGCCGUGCAGGACGCCGACGGCGCCGCUGUGAGCGGCGAGCGCAGCCUCCGCCUCCUCGCCGCGGCAAUGGAGGAACAGAGAAAAGGUGGAGACAGGGAACGGGACGAAGCAAAGAGAAGGUACGACGAGUUCGUGAAGAGCAAGAAGGGGAGGAUGGAGAGCAAGGCGCGACGCGAGGCACUCAUCGACCUAUGCUGCUCCGCCGCCAGCGCCAUGGCCGUGCUGAGUUUCGUCGCCGCCGUGGUGCUCCGGUGAUCGGCGGCUGUGGGUGCGACAAAAUGACAUGUCUGUCGUCAGUGUACAAAUCGAGUUGAGAAUUUGUGUGUAAUUUCCUCCACUGUAGUAAUACAAUUCCUUUUGAAUUACAAAUUGGCCAGGUGAGAUAAUCAGAUAAGCACCUGAGCUGAUCCUAGGAUGUGAAAUUCUGCCGAGUAGAAUUGAGAUUUUGGAGAUUGGAUUGUUUGAAUGUUCCAAUCUCAUAUAAGCAAUGCUUUUUUUUUUCCUUUUUCUUUAUUUUUAUAGCGAUGCUUUUUUUCUGCUAUUUGAAAAAAGACAAUUCAAUGUUUUCCUUUCAAAUAAUAUAAUAAUGUAGCAAAAAAAUGUGCCGUCUGUCCAGCGCAUUAUAU